AUGCCCUGGGUCACUGUGCUAAUAGCAACCAUAUCCUAUGCGCUGAUGAGACCUGGCCACUGCCAAUCAAACUCCUCAGUAGACUUCCUGUUCUCUGAUGACCCAGUGGCCAUUCAGCUUCCUGGCCUCCAUGCCACCCUGUCACCUCUGACCCUUUCCCUAGAGCGGUCAGAGAGCAUCAGCCCUGAACCUAGACGAGCUCUUCAUGCCUCCUCGCGCUCUUCAUCAUCCCUCACUUCAGGGAACGGUUCGGUGCGAGCUCGCCCGCUUCCUCCCCCACCGGCAUGUUUACGUAGAACAUCUAUGAAAGUCGUGUUCAAGUAUGUGAACACGGCACUGUCAUGUGUGAUCUUCGUUGUUGGUGUAGUGGGCAAUGCCACACUGCUGAGGAUCAUAUGUCUUCACAAGAACAUGAGAAACGGACCCAAUGCCCUCAUCGCCAGCCUGGCACUGGGAGACCUGAUCUACAUUGCCAUUGACAUCCCCAUCAAUGUUUAUAAGUUGCUGGCGAUGAGGUGGCCGUUUGACGACACUGUUUUUGGACUUUUUCUGUGCAAGCUGUUUCCAUUUCUGCAAAAGGCUUCUGUUGGAAUAACAGUGCUUAACCUGUGUGUCCUGAGUGUAGACAGGUAUCGCGCUGUGGCAUCUUGGAGCCGCGUACCAGGCGUGGGCAUCCCUUUUUCCACUGCUGUAGAGAUUGUGUGUAUCUGGGUGUUGUCCACUGUGUUGGCUGUUCCUGAAGCAGUCGGCUUCAACAUGGUCAGCUUUGACCACAACAACAUGACUGUGCAGACCUGCAUGCUCAAGCCAGAGACGCCAUUCAUGACUUUUUACAGAGAUGCCAAGGACUGGUGGCUGUUUGGGUUUUAUUUCUGUGUGCCGUUGGCAUGUACAGCAAUCUUCUACACCCUGAUGACCUGUGAGAUGCUGCAUCACAGAAAAGGAAGCCUGAGAAUCGCUCUGAGUGAACACAUUAAGCAGAGACGUGAGGUAGCGAAAGCCAUUUUCUCUUUGGUGCUGAUUUUUGCUCUCUGUUGGUUUCCGCUGCAUCUUAGUCGCAUUCUAAAGAAGAUGGUUUACUUUCAACAUGAUGCGCAGCGCUGUGAUCUGCUUAAUUUCUUGCUGGUGCUGGACUACUUCAGCAUAAACCUGGCGACCAUAAACUCCUGCAUCAAUCCCAUUAUACUCUACUUUGUCAGCAAGAAAUUUAAAAGAUGUUUCAAGUCGUGUCUGUGUUGUUGGUGUUAUUCGGGUUCUCUGCUAAGCAGUAUGGGGACCAGCAUCCAGUACAAGAACCCAGACCUGCAGAAUGUCCUAACAGACCGUACAGCUCUGCGCAAGGACAGCUACAACUGA